ACCUUCAAAACAACAUGGCUGCGCGCAGAGAGUAUUGCACGCGCUGUGGAAAGAAACCCAUUGAAACAAGUCAAACUGUGAUUUUAGGCUGACCAAAUAAAGAAAAUGACGUCUACCCCAGUAUCGAAGAGGGGAAAGGGGAAGCACAUGCCAGUGAAAACAUCCCUGAAUAAUCCAUACAAUAUUGAGUGGAGCCCGCUGAACAAAGAACACGAGCAAUUUAUUCUGAACACACUUAAAGACAAAAUAACUGCUGUUGGUCUUCAGAAAAAGCGGGUGAAUAGGUUUCGUGAUUGGGGCAACAGAAGGAGACCAAAUAAAAAGACGCCAAAGCCCACCGAGGACCACCAACUAACCCCUGACUCCACUGAGAGCUUACAGAGCACAUCAAAGCCUUCUGAACCGUGCUGGACCAGCGCAGCGGCGAGGAAACAGCUGGCCAUUGGCAUCAACGAGGUCACCAAGGGCUUGGAGAGGAAUGAACUGAGUUUAGUGCUUGUUUGUAAUUCGGUCGUGCCCUCACACAUGAUUUAUCAUCUAAUCCCGUUGAGUAAAACGAGAUCGGUUCCUUCAUGCCAGGUGCCCCGUCUGAGCAAGACCAUCGCGGGGCUGCUGGGACUCAAGUGCGUGUUGGCGCUGGGGUUCAAACGCGAUGCAGAGGAGUUCGCAGAUGUGGUCGCUUCCAUCACACCCGUCGUUCCACCGCUCAACGUCGUUUGGGCUCCGACGGAUUUAACGCCAAAAUCGGAAAACGUGGAGGAACAAGCAGAGGAAAAACACACGGAGACCGCGAAGGCGCAAAAGAGGAAAUUAGAAGAGAUUUCGGACGAGGCCAGCGAGGGCUCUCCUCUAAUCCUACAGCCUUUAAAAGUCAAGAAAAUAAUCCCCAAUUCCACUAAAAUAAGAAAACCGAAGAAGAAAGUAAAGCAAAAAUGACCCAAGUGUCUG